AUGGACACGCAACCCAGCAGCGGAGGGGCCAUGCUCACUCUCAAAGACGAUAAGAGAGUAUCUAUCACGGACGAUGGCGUUGUCCCGGUUACUUCAGUUGGAGAAGGUCAAACCGUCUCCGCGAGUGCGGCAAUUGACCCUGAUGCGGAGAGACGGUUGGUGUGGAAGUUUGACUUGCGCAUCCUGCCUACGCUGGCCAUUAUGUAUCUCUUCAAUGCACUGGACAAAUCGAACCUGGGCAACGCAAAGACUGCUGGGCUUGAAAAAACGCUCAGCAUGAAGGGGGAUGAUUACAACCUGAUCCUGUCCAUCUUCUUCGUCCCCUAUGUGCUUUCGGGACCCAUUGUCGGCAUGGCCAGCAAAAGAUUCGGGCCAAGUCGCACCCUCCCGCUGAUGAUGCUGUGUUUCGGAUUCAGCACACUUAUGGUCGUCGCCGUGAAGAAUUUCGGAGGCCUGCUUGCUUGUCGAUGGUUCUUGGGCAUGGCCGAAGGAGGGUUUUUCCCCAGCAUCAUCUUUUACCAGACCUUGUUCUACCGCCGUGGCGAACUCGCCCGGCGCCUCGCGAUCUUCUACGCCGCCUCCAACAUUGCCUCCGCCUUCGGCGGCCUACUGUCCUUCGGCGUGUUCCAGAUCCACUCGACCUCGCUCGCGAACUGGCGAUACCUCUUCGUCAUCGAAGGCGGAUGCAGCAUACUCUUCUCGCUCUUCGCAUUCUGGGUCCUACCUUACAACGCGCAGUCCGCCACGUUUCUGACCGAGGAGGAGAAACAGCUGGCCUUUUACAGGAUCCAGGUUGACUCUUCAUCGGUGGUGAACGAGAAAUUCAACCUGCGCUCUGCGCUGGCCAUCUUCAAACACCCAACUAGCUGGGUGAUUUUGGCGAUCGAGAUCUGUCUCGGUGUGCCUCUGCAGUCCGUCUCGCUUUUCCUCCCCGUCAUCGUCAACCAGCUCGGCUACUCGACGGUGAAAACAAACCUGUACACCGUCGCGCCAAACAUUACGGGGGCGGUGAUGCUCUUGGUCCUGGCGUUUGCAUCGGACCUUACGCGCCUGCGAUUCCCCUUCGUCGCGCUGGGGUUCGCGUUCACGUGCAUCGGCUUCAUCAUCUUCGCGGCCGUGGACCUGGAAACCCAAAUAAACACGGCGUACUUUGCGUGUUUCAUGAUGACCUGGGGCACGAGCGCGCCGAGCGUGAUCCUGGACGUCUGGUACAACAACAACAUCGCCGACGAGAAUAAGCGAGUCAUGUUGACGAGCGUGGGCGUGCCCGUGGCGAACUUGAUGGGUGUGGUUAGUUCGAAUAUCUUCCAGAACAAAGACCGCCCCAAGUACCUCCCCGCGCUCGUGACGACAGCGACGUUCGGCGCCGUGGGCUGCGCAUUGACACUCCUCCUCGGAGCCUGGAUGGUCGUCGACAACAAGCGACGCAACCUCCGGGCCGUGAGGGACGGCGGCAAGAAGCUCCGCGCCAGGGACGUCCCCUCGGAGCUGCUGCGCGACGGGCCCGCUGCGCAAGAGUACAGGUGGUUCUACUGA